AUGGCGUACCCUGCCACAAAGACAAAAGGACUCGCUUGCUGGGGAUUCCCGUGGUUCCCCCUUAAUACGUUAGCGUCAAGUGCUCUUUUGAAGGUAAAGUUGAGAAGAAGGGCGCAGCCUUGCAAUAAAGUCCGGGAGAAAAUGUUAUUCACCCGAGUCGGGUUUCUUCGGUCUGAAAAAAGUCAUAACUGUUUGAGGACUGUGGAGGAGUUCUGCCCACGUGCCAUUUAUACAUCAGGCAAAGCUUCUACUGCUGCAGGUUUGACAGCUGCUGUGGUUAAGGAUGAAGAAUCGUUCGAGUUUGUCAUCGAAGCAGGCGCCUUGAUGUUGGCUGAUAAUGGAGUCUGUUGUAUUGACGAGUUCGAUAAGAUGGACCAGAAAGAUCAAGUUGCUAUUCACGAGGCUAUGGAGCAACAAACUAUAAGUAUAACAAAAGCUGGUGUGAAAGCGACGCUUAAUGCGCGUGCUUCUAUCCUGGCUGCAGCGAAUCCUGUUGGAGGUAGAUACGAUCGUUCACGCCCGUUGAAGCAUAAUGUGCAGCUGUCCGCACCUAUUAUGAGCAGAUUUGAUUUGUUUUUCGUGAUGAUCGAUGAGUGUAACGAGGUGGUUGACUAUGCUGUAGCGCGACGUAUUCUCGAUAAUCAUCGUGCUAUUUCUGAUCACAUCCGACGCGAAACAAAGUACACACUUGAAGAUAUUCAGAAAUAUAUCACGUUUGCGAAGUGCUUCAAGCCUCAGAUUAGCCCUGAAGCGGCCGAGUCGUUGGUCACGUCAUACAAACGCCUUCGUAUGAAUGACAGUAACAAUGCAGCAACUUCUUCAUGGAGGAUCACUGUGCGACAGCUUGAAUCCCUCAUACGACUUUCAGAAGCUUUGGCUCGUCUGCAUUGUGCCGCACAGUGUGGAGCAUGUAAAUCAAGCUUCGAAGUUGCUCAGCAAGUCGAUAGGAGGGUCGAGCAACCGGAUAUAGCUCUCGAUGAUGAUUUCGAUACGGAUGCAAUAAUGGAAGUUGACGAAGAUAAAGAAAAUGAAGCUGAGACUAUGGAAUCGGAUGAUGUGGAAGGAAAGCGAGCGAAGGUUGAUCAUGCUAAGCUGAAGAUUACAUUCGAAAAGUACAAGCAUCUGGCCGAUAUGCUUGUGCUUCAUAUGCGCUCGGAUGAAGAGGCUGUAGCCGAGGAAGAUUAUGAAGGCGUACGACAGGAUGCUUUGAUUGAU